CAAAUGAGGAGAGCUGUUCAGCGGUCAAGUCGUAGCACCACAUCUGUGGUCUCCCGUCUCUUUGUGCCAUGCAGUGAGCACCAGGGUUGAUACACAAUGCAAUCAAGUUACGGCGGUCUACCCGACAUAAAGGCGAUCAUGUAUCUCCAGGGAGCCGCCUCGGCGUCCGUUGCUCUUUUGCGAUAUGCAUUAUGUAUGUGCAUGAAUAAUAUAUACAGUAAAGGCCCCGUGUUACAGUGGGUUCGACCCGAAAAAAGCGUCGCUCGGAUGGUUUGUGAUGGGAAAAUUGGAGCCGUGCCAUGCAUCCAGCAGAGAUGAAUAUCAUCACUGACCUGUCAGGGAUUUUACGAGUGCCUCUUCUACUCUCACAUACGGGAUUUGGAGGGGUGUGUGAGCACGCGCACAUUCGGAUGUAUAGAGGAUUAUUUCUCAUUAGAAAAUACGUACUUUCAACCCUCAUUCCUAUCCUAUUCUACGACGACAACUAUACCGGUCAUUCUUUCCAUCUGUCUAAGGUACUUCUCGCUAGCUCAGUCUCAAAACGCGGGUGAAAGCGUUCGGACGAGUUCUCGUACCGAGAGAAAAGGCGCGGACGCUGCCUUACGCCCGCAUUUUGUACCGGGCAGCUUGGGUACUACGUCACCCGCUAUUUGCACAGGGCAGCUUGGGUAUUACGUCACCCGCUGCACAGGGCAGCUUGGGUAUUACGUCACCCGCUGUUGCUGCACGUCUCGCGCUGCGCGCCGCUCGAGCGACCACGCGUGGCGUGGAAGGGAUGUGGGAUGGAGGGAACUAUGCACAGUCAGCAGUACCUGCUGACCUAAAGAGCGCUCCCGCUAUAUAUAAUUAUCCCUGACCUAUAUGCUAAACGCUGUUUCAGCGCAGCCACAUAAAUUAUUCCUCUCGUAGCAUCAUAUGCAGACAGAUUUAGAGUUUGGGCAGAAUUAUUUGGCCAUUAGUCACUGUUUGGAUCGAUGAAGCAUACUGUCCAUCAUCUGAGACUUGACAGUGAGUCAUCUGCUGAGCUGUGCUGAUGGAUGUCGGCUCGGAGCUUGGGGCUGCGCAUCAAUAAACACCGUGAGAUGCAAAUAAUUCAUUCUGUAUCACACUAUGAGACACGCUCCUGCUGUGUUGUAUGCAUGAAUCUGACAUCGUCAUAAAGUAUUCAAUCAUUUAAAACACGUGUUGGUGCUGAUCAGCUGUGACAUAGUUCUGCCCUUUACUUGACAAGUGACAUUUGGUCUUGAUCAGAGCAAAACUUCUGAGAAUGGGAAAGCUGAACAUCUUUGAGAUUACACUCAGUAAUUUCCAAGGUGUGUUCUAUGCUGGUCAGAAUGUGCAGGGUCACUGUACUGUGGAACUAAAUGAGAAAAUGUCAAUGAGAGGGAUAAGACUGAAAUUUGAGGGCAAGGCAUAUGUUCAUUGGACAGAAGAAUACUCAACAGGAACUGGCGAUGAUCGGAAAACUGAGAUUCGCCAUUACCGGGCUAGUGAAAAGUACUUUGAACAAGAGGUGUUACUGUUUGGGAUCUGGCCAAAGCAGGGAAGUGAUAAAAUUAAACUUGCAGCUGGCCGGACCACAUUUCCAUUCUGCUUUGGUCUACCUCCAAACCUCCCAUCAUCCUUUGAAGGGGCACAUGGUUAUGUGCGGUACUUUGUGAAAGCUAUUAUUGAUAAGCCAUGGAAGUUUGAUUACACAUUCAAGCGCCCUUUCACCGUCAUUGGCAUUUUGGACCUAAAUGCAGAUGCCAAUGCUGUGAUGCCUGCAGAGGGUGUGAACCAGAAGACUUUAUGCUGUCUGUGUUGUGCUAGUGGACCCAUCACAGCAGCAUUUCACCUUGAACGCCGUGGUUAUGUUCCAGGGGAGGCUAUUAAACUGUUGGCUGAUAUCAGAAACAACAGUAACCGGAAAAUGGAAAAGUCUUAUAUAGACCUGAGAAUGAUAACAACUUUCCAUGCAACCACCAAAACCCGCACAAAUGUGAAGGAGAUCGGCAGAAUAGUGGAGGGUCCCAUUGAAGAGGGUCAGUCCUUUUCAUGGGAGGGGAAGGUAUUUGUGCUUCCCCCACUUCCCCCAUCAUACCUUGCAGGAUGCAAAAUUAUUGAUAUUAGGUACAUUCUCCAGCUGAAUGUUGACCCUUGUGGCCCAUCACUGGAUCUGGAAGUCCCACUGGAGAUCAUUAUUGGCACCAUCCCUCUUCGCCAAGCUGUUGAAUUAUGCCCUCCUUGUGCCCCACAGCCAUUCCAGCCACCAGUUGGAUUCCCUGUGACUGUAGGAGGGAUAGGUGGAGUGGGUGCCACACCAUCUGUGCCUCUUCAGCCUGAGAUGCCCUACCUACCACCCAGCAAUAUCCCUAACCUGCCACCACCCUCCUAUAAUGAAUGUUUCUUUGGGAAGGUGAACGUAAAAGAUGAAGAUGAUGAUGAACACACUCGAGGAGCCCUAGACUUUGCUCCUAUGUACACAUAUUAUAACUGGGGCUACCCACCCACCACAAUGAAUGGGAAGUCCGUCUUAUCUAAACUAGGCUUACGCAAGUUGCAGUUACAAGAGUUAACGGUGGGAUUGCGCAACUUGCGGCUAUGUGCAAGGUUUAAACACGACGAUACGAAAAAAGUUUCCUUUGUUUUAUGCAGAAUGGGCAAACUGAACAUCUUUGAGAUUACACUCAACAGUUUCCAGGGUGUGUACUAUGCUGGUCAAAAUGUGCAGGGUCACUGUACUGUGGAGCUAAACGAGGAAAUGGCAAUGAGAGGCAUCAGACUGAAGUUCGAGGGCAAGGCAUACGUUCACUGGACAGAACAACACUCAUCAGGAUCUGGAAAGAACCGAACAACACGCACUGUCCAUUACUCAGCCACAGAAAAAUACUUUGAACAAGAAGUGCUGCUGUUUGGGAUCUGGCCAGGCCAGGGAAGUGACACAUUUAAACUUGCAGCUGGCCGGACCACUUAUCCCUUCUGCUUUGUCCUUCCUCCAAACCUUCCAUCGUCCUUUGAAGGUGCACAUGGUUAUGUGCGAUACAGCGUGAAAGGUAUUAUUGAUAAGCCAUGGAGGUUUGAUCACACAACCAAGCGUCCUUUCACCAUCAUCAGUGUUUUUGACCUGAAUGCUGAUGCCAAUGCUGUGAUGCCGGUAGAGAGUGUGAACCAGAAGACUUUGUGCUGUCUGUGUUGUGCCAGUGGACCCAUCACAGCAUCGUUUCACCUUGAACGCCGUGGAUAUGUUCCAGGGGAGGCUAUUAAAUUAUAUGCUGAUAUCAGGAACAACAGUAAUCGGAAAAUGGACAAGUCUUAUGUAGACCUGAGAAUGAUAACAACAUUCCAUGCAACCACCAAGAGCCGCAUGUCUGUGAAGGAGGUUGGUAGAGUAGUGGAAGGUCCUAUUGAAGAGGGUCAUUCUUUUUCAUGGGAAGGGCAGAUAUUUGUGCUUCCUCCACUACCACCCUCAUACCUUCCAGGAUGUAGGAUUAUUGACAUCAAAUACAUUCUGCAGCUGAAUGUUGACCCCUCUGGCCCAUCAUUGGAUCUUGAAGUGCCACUGGAGAUCCUCAUUGGCACCAUCCCUCUUCGCCAGGUGGUUGCACAAUACCCCCCACGUGCUCCACAGCCAACAGUUGGAUUCCCUCUUCCUACAGGUGCCACACCAUCUGCUCCUUUUGAGCCGAUGAUGCCGUACUCACCACCCAGCAGUAUUCCUAACCUGCCACCACCCUCCUAUAAUGAAUGUGUCUUUGGGAAGGUGAACGUGAAAGAGGAGGACGAUAAUGAACACACUCGAGGAGCCUUAGACUUUGCUCCAGUCUAUACAUACUAUGACUGGGGCUACCAGCCCACCACAAUGAAUGGGAAGUAAACAAAUGAAUUGAUUUUUCCCUAAAGUUUUUAAAACCACAUUUUUAAACUAUAACAAUCUCAUUUAAAGUCACGGAGCAAAACAAUGCACAGAAAACCGGCCAAGUUGAGUAAUAUUUUGUUUGUACUUAUAUAAGAGCCAAGAAGUGUAUAUGUCUAAAUUAUUUUUGCUAUAGUCUUUACAGUCACAUUAAUUCAAGGUAAAGCCCACAUGGAAAGGGUAAAAGGCAGUGUCAUUAGUUUUUAUCAGUAUUAUGUGUACCUGCAUCUACAGAAUUGGUUCUCUGUUUGUUUGUUUGUUUGAGUAAUUAAGUGAAAGAGAGCGAUUUAUCUAAAUCAGUCAAGACUCCUCAUUUGUAAGAGAAAUAUUCUGUCAUUUCUCACAAGCAGCACAGAGUAAGCUGGCAUAUGCUAAUCAAGACCAAACAUCUAGUGGUCUAUUUAGGAGAGUACCUUGGAUCACUAACAAGGAAUGGAAUAGUUUUCUGAAUGUGACACUAGACUUGCAUUGUACCCAGAGGAUCUGAUAGGAGUAUUGCAAGGAAGAUAAUUUUAAGACAAUCAUUAGGCACACACACGCACACAUUUCUUAUUAUGUUAUUGUUUGAAUUUACACAGAGGAGGCAGCAAAUUUCAAGCAAGAUUUGUUAUUUUUGUAAAAGUUUGACACAUUUUCAUUGUAUAUGCUUUUGAAAAAAUUGUGCAUCAGUGCCUGGCUGCCAGUUGAGGCUGGGAUAGACUUACUAUAUUUAGUGAUUUGUUAUUGCCUUUAUAGAAUUUGGUUUCUAUGGAUACUCAAGCCACAAAACUGCACCAAAAAUAACCGUAUAAUGCUUACAUCAGGCAGUGAUCUUAUUUAACCAUGCUAGAAGAGAAAAAUAUAUUGCUGAUGUAUCUGAUUUAAUGUGGUAUUACAAUAGUUUGUACCAACUUUGCGUGUUAAGAGAACAAUGUAAUUUUGUGAGCUGAGCCAAGUACAUGGAUUCAGUCAUUGUUACCUCAUUAUUUAUCUGUGAAGAUAAUAUGCAUAAACACAAUUAAGAAAGUGUUGGAGUAUUAUCUACCUGUUAUUUGUUAUUUUUUCAACUGUUGUAAAGCCUUCCAUAAUAUUUUCUAGUUGGAGCAUAUACUGCACAAACGCUUUUACUUGUUGGUCCAAUUUGUUAAAAUGUGACAGAAUAUUACUGAAAAUUUUUUUGGCCCUUUAUUGAUUGCUUUAACAUGAAUUUGCUCAAAAUAAAAAUUUCUUUCAUGGAAGUCACAGGAAUAGGCCAAAAAUGAUCAAACUAGAAGGAAGACAUGCAAGCCACAAAUCAGGCAGAUUUGAGGGACUAGUACUGAUAAUUCUGUUUUGAGACAAUUUUUCAACCAUGCCUCCAAGACGUGACAAUGCCCCCAACACAACACUUGGUAUAUGAAGCUGGACAGGCUCUCUGUGUGGCUCUCGGAAGGUGUCAAGGGACAAGAAGUGUUUCGGUUUAGCAGUUUCCCAGGCAGUCAUUUUAGCUGCCACUUUGCCUUGUCCUUUCAAUACGGAAGAAUCUGCAUCUGGAGGUGACAGGAAGAGCACAAACAGGAUACUACAGUGAAGGACCAUGAUCACAGCUGUGUUUACAGGCAUUCUGACAUGGGGGAGAAUUGGGGUGAUCUACAGAACACCCCAGCACCGAGCACUGGCAUUGGCUACAGAAUAACAUGCAGCUAGCCAUAGGCCAUCUCUCCAGGUCAUAGGACAAGGCAUCAUUCUCCAGGAUGACAAUGCCAGACCACAUGGUGAUCCAUUCUUUAAAAACUUCCUGCAGUAUCAAGUUAAUCCCAUGAGCUGUCUAGUGUGUUCAUCUGAUCCAUUUGAGAAUCUGCAGGGUGGACUGGGUUGCCAAAUACAGGAUAGCACACUCAACGUCUCUCAUUCAGCUGCUCUUUCUUCUUUAACAUGAAUAGCAGAUGGUGUUGCUAAUGACUCAGAUUUCAGUCAAUGAGACAAUGUUUCCAAACAUUCAGGCCAGUGGGAGACGUACAUGGUUUUGAAUUUGUUUUAAGGUUUUGUGGUGCAUCUGUUCUAAUAUUUAUAAAAGAGGGUUAUGUCUGUGAAAGUGGAAAUUCUUACUAAUGUUGAUUUUUAUGAUUACAAAAGAACGAGAAAACAAAUGACAGCAAUAUAUUAUUAUAAUCAUUUUAAGUAAUGUAUAAAUAAGCAAAGCAUCUCUUUAUACGUAUGUAUUGCUGAUUGUAUUCUUUGAAUAUAUAUUUACAAAUACAUUUUUACGUAUUGAUUUUACACAAUAAAUGAAAAUUUAGUCAUUUUUGUAGUUGUGGAAAAUAAAUGUAAUCUGCAUGCUG